AAUUUUCGGCGCUAAAAAGUUAAUAUAUUCGUCCGACAGCCGUCGUCGAACCGGACACACGCGAUACGGUCGUUCUUGGAAUCUCAACCCGAUCUGCUAAAUGUGUGACGGACAACCUGACAACUUAGGCACGUCACGGGCGCGGGUUAAGUGGCGGCUGCGGCACGUAAACAGCGGCGGCCAAUGUGGAUCCCAAUGAUGGCUGCGGCCGCACAACACGACAGGGUCGUACUGUCACCGCGUCGGCUACAGCAGCAACAGCACCAACAGCUCAGCCCGUCCCCGGAACGGGACCGACAUGGCCGGUGCACUUACCUACACAUGGUGCCCAUGAUGCCGCCGGCUUUACCGAGCAACGACGAAUUGGAAACUGUAUCGAAUCGUUUUCAAGACACUCCGUUUCAUUAUCCAACAGCGCCGUCGGUCAUUUCCGGCAAUGCGUUCGGCACUCCGGCAAAACUGCAAAACUCCAUCAACAAGCCGAAUUUGAUCCAGUCACACACCAACAAAUGGGGAAGCUCGAGGAAAGUCCACGAAAGGUCCACCGGUCCAGACUGGUUCGAGACGAAAAUGGCCGACGCCAAAUUAGAAAAAAAGAAAUCUUCAAAAUGUUUUUGGAGUUCAUCAUUCGUAGUCGACCCGACCACGCAUUUCCAUUACAAGUGGCUCAUGUUGGUCACCGUUACCAUUCUGUACAAUUUGGUGUUCGUGAUCGGUCGAGGCGUUUUUUGGGAGCUGAACAACGCGAUGCCGACCAUCUGGUGGAUACUGGACUACGCUUCGGACGGCAUCUAUGUGGUGGAUACCCUAGUCCAUGCUCACGAAGGAUUCCUCGACCAAGGCCUGAUGGUCCGGGAUUCCCGGAAGUUGCGGGAAAACUACUUCAGCACGUCAAAAUGGAAAUCGGACAUCUUGAGCCUGUUGCCGACCGACCUGGCGUACUUUUGGUGGCCUUCCGGCAGUUGUUCGGCGGACGUCCUGCCAUGUCCGGUGAUCGUCCGAGCCAACAGACUGCUUCGGGUGCCCAGAAUGCUCGAGUUCUUCGACCGCACCGAGACCAAGACCGGAUAUCCAAACGUGUUCCGCAUCUGCAAGGUGGUGUUCGCCAUACUCAUCCUAAUCCACUGGAACUCGUGUCUGUACUUCGCCAUCAGCUACGUGAUCGGGUUCGGUUCGGACAACUGGGUGUACAACUUGCAGGGCGUGAGGAAUUCCUCGUUGUCCAGACAGUACAUAUAUUGCUUUUACUGGUCCACUCUCACGCUCACGACAAUCGGAGAAACCCCGCAGCCGGAAAAUGAACUGGAACACGUGUUCGUGGUAGCAGAUUUUUUGGCCGGAGUGCUCAUAUUCGCCACGAUCGUGGGCAACAUCGGCAGCAUGAUCAGCAACAUGAAUGUAGCCCGGGUGGAGUUCCAAAACCGCAUGGAUGGCGUCAAACAGUACAUGGCUUUCAGGCGGGUGUCCAAAGAGCUUGAAGCCAGGGUGAUCCGAUGGUUCGCUUAUACUUGGGCCAACAAACAGGCUCUCGACGAGGAACGGGUAUUGGCGGCGUUACCUGACAAACUAAAGGCCGAAAUAGCCAUCCACGUGCAUCUCGACACGUUAAAGAAAGUCGAGAUAUUCCAGGACUGCGAACCGGGUUUACUAGAAGAACUUGUGCUCAAACUAAGACUUCAGGUGUUCAGCCCAGGUGACUACAUUUGUCGCAAAGGUGACGUGGGCAAAGAAAUGUACAUUGUCAAGAGAGGUAUUCUCAGCGUUGUCGCCGACGACCAAAAAACCGAAAUAGCCACGUUAAGCGCAGGAAGUGUUUUCGGAGAGGUCAGUGUACUGGAGAUAGCCGGCAAUAAGACUGGAAACCGCCGGACAGCCAACGUCCGGAGCUUAGGGUAUUCAGAUUUGUUUUGUCUAUCCAAAAGAGAUCUUUGGGAAACUCUAAGAGACUAUCCUGAAGCGAGACACAGCCUAAUGCAACGUGGGUGUCAGCUACUCCGCAAGGAUAGGUUGUUAGACGAGGACGCGUUCCUGCAGGCUCAGACUCAAAAUGAGACCAUUAACGAAGCAGUAUCCAGACUAGAUAUCGACGCGGUAUCGGAUUACCGAGGCAUUGAGGGAUACAUAAAAAUGGCCACAGACCGGCAGACCGGUAGGACAUCCUUGGAUCAACAGAUGAAACCGGCCAAACGGAAAACCAAACUCGCAACCGUGAUGAUCAGGCCGGAUAGGAAACAGUUCACCCAAGUUUAUAGCACCAUGAAAGACGUCACGUCUCGGCUGUCGAAUCUUGUGUCCGAGUACUACACUCAAAACGUCAAGCUCAACGAAAAAAUUACCGAAUUGGAAGAACAAAUAAGAGUCGUCAAGUACCGUUCGUUAAUGGAUUCCAAACUGGAGGAUCAACAGGGUUCUAAUAGUGAAAACGACACCACCUCGUUGUCUAGCCAAUCGGCUGUGUUUGGAAAACACACUGCAAGGAGAUCAUUUAACGUGCCAAAAAACUAUUGGGCUCGCAGGCGCCGGAAACUUAAAUCUACAUGAUAUCUUCUGCAGGAAUUAUACACAUCGAUUCGAUGGCCGAAAUGUCAUUGCAUAAAAUCACAUCGAAUAUAUUUUAUAUUAUAAAUUGAUCUAUCGAAAUAGUUAAUAGACCUAUCUGUGCAGUAGGUACCCCUAUUUUGAUUUGUACUCGAGUGUAUUUAGUUCAACGAGAGAGACAAUUCAUGUGCAUAGACACGGUGGAACGAAAAAUAUUUACAUAGAUGUAUAACCGUUUUUGGAAAAUGUGAUAAUAUAUCAAGUUAUAGAUCAAUACAACAUUGUUUAUUAAAUAAACAAGUUAAAAGACUAAAUACUUCAACACGCGUUUAUCAUAGUACAUAAUUUAAUCUGUUUAUACGCUGAUAAUAUUAUUUCAUAAUAUUAACACAUUGUUUUUCAUAAAUUUUGCUAUCAUACAUCAACAGCACAGUAUCAUUAUUAUAGUAACAUUAUAUAACUGAGAAUGAAUAAUAUGUUCUGUUGUGGUCUAGGUUUAAUCAGGAUUUUUUUUUUAUUUUACUUAAAAAUAAUUGUUUUUUUAAUUUGUUGAAAAGAAAUUCAAAUUUUUACUUAAUCUUCGCCUUAUUUUGGUUACCCUACAAUUCCCCUCCAGGCUUCAUCGUGCCGUUCAAAAACAUAGAUUUGAAAAUAAAGUGCACCUUUGUAAACUGCAUACGUUGCAAAUCAUGAUUGAUAAUUUCUCUAGUCAUCUGUUAGAAAAAGUACAAUAAUUACAAUUAUUUCACUGUAAAACGGUUCUGUGUAGACAUUUUUUUUUUUUUUUAAUUUUUUCUAAUUGAAAAUGAACAUUUGUCUUUGUUUUCAUCGUGAUUCCUUAAGUUACCUAACCACUAACCAGGUCAGUCGUUUCUAUACCAUGGUACAAUAUGGUCACAAUGAGCUAUUUGGUUUUUGCACUGGUCAUCACCUGCAGUUGCCAAGUUUAAAAAAUCUAAAUUGUACUUAUGUCUACUGGCUAUUGCAAAACAAUCUCCCCCCCCCCCCAAUUUUUUAGGUGUUUAUUCCAACUGUAAUCGAAAUCAAAGUGGAUGCCAAAGGACGUAGAUAACAGACUCUGUGCUAGAAGUCCACUUUUUAUAAUUAGUAUACAAAAAAAAACUAUCAAGACUUUUAAACGAUCCAAUAAAAAAAAUUUGGAUAAAUGAUUAUCAUGUGUAAUAAAUUAUUAAUAAGUUUAAAAUCGUACUAUUUUUGAAUCCGUCAAAACUUUUUCAUUCUAAGGCUACAAUAAUU